AUGAAAGUUGAAAUUGUAUUGACCGACAGCCCAGAAAAUUUUACGUUAGACUUCAGAGAUCUGUCUACUUCAAUGUAUCUCACAGACAGCUACGUUAACAGGUCGCUCGAAAUCAACGAGACUACGAACGACUUGGUGUACACCAAUCAAUUUGAGAGCGACGCCAUCAUCGUUAUCUUCGUCAUCUUGAAAUGUGCUAUCAUGCUCUUCAUCAUUAUGGCCGCGAUAUUGGGCAACCUGCUGGUCAUCGUGUCUGUGAUGAGGCAUAGAAAGCUGCGUGUGAUUACGAACUACUUCGUCGUAUCGCUCGCACUGGCCGAUAUGCUUGUCGCCAUCUGGGCUAUGUGCUUCAACUUCAGCGUCGAGAUAACAAACGGCGAGUGGCUGUUCGGCUACUUCAUGUGUGACGUGUGGAAUUCACUUGACGUUUACUUCUCUUCGGCUUCCAUAUUACACCUGUGCUGCAUAAGCGUCGAUAGGUACUACGCGAUCGUUCAGCCGCUGGACUACCCGCUGAUAAUGACAAGCGGGAAACUAGGGAUUAUGCUCGCCGUUGUUUGGUGCAGUCCAGCCCUGGUAUCGUUCCUUCCGAUUUUCGCCGGAUGGUAUACUACACAUGAACAUCUAGACUUUAGAAAGAGACACCCCAAAGUGUGCAGUUUCACCGUGAACAAAGUUUACGCAGUGAUUUCAAGCAGCGUCAGCUUUUGGAUACCUGGCGUGAUUAUGCUGUUCAUGUAUUACAGGAUUUACGUGGAGGCUGACCGACAGGAGAGAAUGUUGUACAGGAGCAAGGUGGCCGCUCUGCUGCUAGACAAGCACCUGCAAAUAAAUGGCAUCACAAUGGGGGAUAUGAUGCGCGAACGCCAGAGUAUUCAGAUGCAGCCGAUGGCAAGCAACAAGAUGAAGCGGGAGCGGAAAGCGGCAAGGACCCUGGGAAUAAUUAUGUCGGCCUUUCUAGCUUGCUGGUUACCCUUCUUUUUGUGGUACAUAAUUACGGCGCUCUGCGGGGACGCCUGCCCCUCCCCGCCGCCCGUAGUGGCGGCCGUGUUCUGGGUGGGCUACUUCAACUCGGCGCUCAAUCCACUCAUUUAUGCAUACUUCAACCGCGAUUUCAGAGCGGCUUUUAGGAAGACACUCGGCUCGUGCUGCAGGUACUCGACAAUAUUAUCGCUGUGUGGCGACGUGGGUCGGCGCUAUUGCUGCCCGCAGCAGCUCUUGCGCAGGGAGCACCACCACUCCAACGCCUCGUCUGACAUCCACAUGAAUAACUGUGUCAAGUCCACGUCAGCGGAUGUCCUCCGAGGCCACCAGGCCUGCAGCUCCAAGGCCGAGGACAUCGCCUUCCACACG